GGUCACGUGUGCAUACACCAAUGCCGGAAGUGCAGACAUGGCAGUGGUAGGGAGCAGGACUCCGAUCCUGUGUUUAUUGCUCAUUUCAUUUUUCAUCCUGCUGUUCUCCAGGAGUCACCCGCUAGGUUUGAGAGAGAUUGCCUUCUGGGGAGGAAGGUUCAUCCUGAUUCUGGCCCUUGUUACAUUGGCCAUUUCUUAUUUCACUCGAUAUUUGUCCUCUUUCCGUCCAACGAGUCAUUCCCAAACUGUAUCGCAAGAUGAAAUGGACAGACAGCAAGAAAUUACAAGAAAAGGUCAACAGGAGUAUUUAAAAAAAAAGGCAAGGGAAUACUCUGAGGAUGUUUUAAAGCCACGUGAAGCUGAAAAACUUAGAAAACAAGAGGAAACUUUCUAUAGGAUGACAGGCCAAACCUGGAAAUUAACUCAAGGUCAUCAACUUGGUCAGGAGGCAGAGGAGUCUGAAGGUAAUGUAGAUAGUGAGGACAAUGAAGUGGAAACUGCAAAUGAAAGAGCUAUUAGGAGAAGAAAACUUCCAGAGCAUGUCACAAAGCCUGUACCGAAAGUGGAACAGCCACAGCCUAAGAAGGUCAUCACUUUACCGGAAGAACCUGAUGAACUAGAAGUGGGGGUGGUCACCAUCGCUUUACGGUGUCCUAGUGGGCGUGUUUAUAAAAGACGGUUUUACAAGGCUUACAGUUCUCUUGUAUUGCAGGACUGGAUGAUGAAAAUUGGAUACCACACUGCUUUUUAUACAAUUUGCACAUCGCUUCCUAAAUGUUACCUUGAACUGAGAAAAGACUUAACGCUGGAGAAUAUCGGCAUAACAAACCAUACAGUAUUGAAUGUUGAGGGAAAGGAUAUAUUGUGAUAUUGUAUGAACAUAAUACUGUUGUGUUUCCAUUU